CAGUACUUCGUGGUGUUUUAACUAAAACCGACUUUGCUUAAAACAAUCUUAGGUUAUAUUUGUGGUAAAUGCGAAAAUAAAUACAUUGCAUGUCACGUUUUCGAGUAAUAGUAUGGUCUUCUUUAAUAUGCGCUGUAGCGUACUUGUGGAUUGUGUUUAUAAAACGUGGACCAAUAUGUGUUAGUAAUAAACGAUUAGAUGGAAAAACAGUGCUGAUUACAGGUGGAAAUACAGGUGUGGGAGAAGCCACAGUGUUUGAAGUUGCAAAGCUUGGAGCUCGCAUUGUUAUUGCUUCUAGGAACAAAACAAAAUCUGAAGAUGUUAAAAUUAGAGUUGUUAAAGCAACUGGGAACCAAAAUAUUCGUGUCAUGGAAUUGGAUCUGGGUGAUUUUGAUUCGGUGCGGAAAUUUGUAAAAAAUUUUAACGAGACAGAAGAACAUUUGGAUUUCUUGAUUAAUAAUGCUGGUUUGCUUGGCAUUUAUGGUCAAACAAAACAAGGAAUAAACAAACUGUAUGCAGUUAAUCACUUUGGACCUUUCCUUCUUACCAACCUUUUGCUUCCUAAAAUGAAAGAACAGUCGAAAAGUCGCCCAGUUAGAAUAAUCAAUCUUUCAUCAAGUGCUCAUAGAGCUAGCCCAUUAGAUUUUUCAAAGAUUUACGAACCUGCGGAAGGAGUUCUUGAAAACUUCAGAGUUUAUUCAAACACAAAACUAGCUACAAUAUAUUUUACCACUGAACUUUUGAAAAGAAUAGAAGGUUUUGAUAUAUCAACUUAUGCUGUACACCCAGGAUAUAUCUCAUCCGAACUAUUCGAAAAUUUUCCAGUCCCGUUUAAUUAUAUUGGAAGGAUUCCUCUCAUUCUGUUUAGCAAAUCUACGUACUAUGGGUGCCAAACAACCAUGUACUGUAUGCUGGAUGAUAUGGUUACUGAAUUCAGUGGACAUUAUUUUGCAUCUUGUCGUAAAACUGAACCGCAGUCAUUUGCACACAACCAAACUGCUGCACAGAAACUGUGGCAACUUAGUUUGGAGAUUACAGAGUUUUCUGAGCAAUAAGUUGCAUGCCAUUUUAGUUUCAAGAUUCUGUAUUAAAGUUUCACACAGCGUUGAUUUUACACACGUAAUUUGCAUGUUACUGUGAGUGAUUUAGAUUUAAUUACAUGUUUAACUGUUAAUAUGAUCUGUGAAUCCAUCCUUUACUAAAAUGUUAAAUAUUUUGCUGUGUUGCUUUAUUUAAUUCACCCAUUUUCUUCAAUAAAAGACGCACUAUUC